AUGCAAUUGCCUCCCAAUUUUCUGAAUGAUACACAGUUCUUAGGAUUCGCUUUCAGCUGUCUUUUCUUCUCUGACUUCAAUAAUAAACCUCGAAGGGGGGAGCAUAUUUCGUAUACAUUUGUUAUCCAUGGUAGAAAUUUCUCCGGAGAAUUUAAAAGAGACUAUUUUCAUUUAGACGGUAAAUCUACGAGAGUGACCAAAGACCACCUUUGGAUACAAUAUUUGCCUCUUAAUGGCAUUGAUUUUUCAUCCCUGGUGGAAUUAGAAUGCAAAGAAACUGAGGUUUCUGGAUCCAGCACAGAUAUGUUGAAGGAAAGAUUUGAAAUUGAGGUUGCAUUCGAAAUCUGGGGCAUCAAUUCCAUGGUGAAGAAAUGCGGGGCUCGAAUAGUGUAUGAGGAAGAUUUGGAAGAGAUGGACCAAACCAUAUAUGAACAUAGGGGGUCAACUUCUUCAAAUUUUGAUGAUAUGCAUUCAAACAGUGGAUCAAACGGGAAUAAUAAUGGCGCCCUUGUCAAGAGAAAAUGGUUGAAUGUGAAAGCAGGUGAUCAGCGGAACAAAACUCUAUUUUGUCGACUCUGUCAAUCAUAUGUUGAAAACCAUCGACUGCUCUCCUAGCUUUAUAUUGUUUUAUCCAUUUUCUUUCAUAUAGAUUUAUAUUUUUCGUACAACUUGUGUUUCAAUUUUGUUAUAGACGGAAAAUACAAUUGGUUAAAAUCAUUUAAUUAGCUAAUUCAGUCGAGUUUUCUCUA